AUGCCGUGCUACGUGCACACAGGCGAGCUGCACUCCCACCAGCAGAGAGAGCGCACGUUAGAACCUGCUGCAUCAACCAGCCAGCAGCAGGAGGAGGAGAAGCAAGUAGAGGAGAAGAGGCAGCAGGAGAAGCAGGAGGAGGAGAAGAAGCUGGAGGAGAACCUGGAGGCGGAGUUUCCUGCUCGCCAUAUUCUGCUGAUCUGCCGGUCUCAUACGGACCCGAACACAAACACCAGAUCCAGGUUGGUGCAGUGCAGUGACCCGGAAAUAUCAGCAGUCCCUGUAAACGUCCCCCCCGACACAGUCAAACUUCGCCUUGAAAAGACCUUCAUCUCCAAGGUGCCCCGAGCAGCCUUCUACAACCUCUCAGAGCUUCGCUUUUUAUGGCUGACCUACAACUCCAUAACAACCAUCCACCCCAGCAGCUUCGUCAACCUAAAGGCUUUAAGAGAGCUGCGCCUGGACGGAAACCUGCUGACCACCUUCCCCUGGGAGGGGCUCCGGGACAUGCCCCGCCUCCAGACUCUGGGGCUCCACAACAACCGCCUGUCCAGCCUUCCAGCCCACGCUGCUCUGUUUCUCCAAAACAUCACCUACCUGGACCUGUCCAGUAACAGACUGACUAUAUUACCAGCUGAACUCUUGGACCUCUGGUUUCCUCUUCCAGGACUGGAGGGUGGGCCCGUGCAGAGAAAAAUCCUGGGUCUACAUGACAACCCCUGGUUGUGUGACUGCCAGAUCUCCAUGCUGACCCAGUUGUCCAUGUCCAUUGGGAGUUCAGUGGUUCUGAUGGAUCAGCUGCUGAUGUGCAGCAGGUCUCUGGGUCAGUCGGGGAUGCUGCUGACCCAGGCCAAGCUGUCUCGCUGUAUGAGGCCGUCUGUCCAGCCUGCAGCCACCCGGGUCAUCUCUCCACUGGGCAGCAACGUGAUCCUGCGAUGUGAUGCGAGUGGCUACCCAACGCCAACACUGACCUGGAUCAAAACCACAGCCUACACUGAUUGUUGCCAACAAGACAUCCUGCAGAACUCUGAACAGCUACCCAGGAUUUUGGAGAGUUUUAUGCAGGCGUCUCCUCGAGUCGGGGUCCGCUGGUCAAUCAUCAGUCUGAACGGGUUAUCUUACAAAGAUGCUGGUGAGUAUCGCUGCCAGGCCCGAAACAUGGCAGGCAUUUCUGAGGCGCCAAUCAAACUCAAGGUGAUGGGAAUCAGCAGACUACGACGCCCUCCAAAGAAAAAAUCCAAAAAGAUUCCAUCUAAAUCUCCAUCCAGAUCCAGGAGACCAAACCAAACCCCAGCUGCUUCUAACAGCCUCUCAGGGAAGGUGAAUUUAACCGCCACAACCAUACCACCAUCUUUGAAGAAUAUGGCCCAGAAAGCUCAACGUCCUCAGUCCUCAGUGUUUCAGGAAAUCAAGCAGAUAAAAAGGCAUGAAAUGAACUCAGUAGAAGCACAUAAGAAGACCCUCACACUCAUCAAGUCUACAUCAAGACAGCUAAACACCUCUGAAAGUACUCUUUCAACACUUGUCUGAAUCACUGAAUUUGCUAAAUUUCAACCUGGAAAACAAAUUCCGCUUUUUCUUGUGAAAACUUAUAGCUUCCAAGUUCCUGCUGCUAUCCCAGAUAUGGCACAGUUGUUGAUGGCAUUUGUUUGUAAAACAUCAAUAAACUGUGACACAGAAAGUAACGUCUGUGGAGUAAUUAUUUUAAGGGAAGUUUUCUUUGUUCAGGUUUUGAACAACAAUCUCAAAAUACCAGACCAAGAACCUCACAUCACAGACUUGGAUGUGGUCUCAGCUGUGCCUGACAAAUUUCGUCACAUCUAAAC